CGUUGGAUCUAUUGAUGUUUCUUCAACAUGCAUUAUUUUUCCAUUGGGAAGCAUGCACAUGGCAUUACAAUGACAGGACAUGGUCAUGCUGCUACCUUGCUGCUAGGUGGUGGCAGCAUAGGACAAUGAUCGCAUCUCACACUUCAUAUGGCCUGAUAAGUUAACCUCGACACUUAUUACCGCACUUCAAUUAUCAUUUGCAGUUCUUUGUUUAUUCUCCUUCACAUUCAUGAUUCUUUCUGUAAAUUUGAUGCAGACCAUUCAUGGAUUUGGCUUUGCAUGUGCUAAGGGAAACAGAAACUGAUGAUAUGCCCCUGAUUAAUAUUAUUGUUAGAAUAAUGUCCAACGACAAACCAGCACAAAACAAUGAGGCUUUGUACAUGUCAAGCAUACUGGCUUGUCGCAUUCUCAGGGCAAUGCAGCCAACAAGGAGUUUCCUUCGUUGGACAGAUGAUCUCCAUAAGAUCUUUGUGGAAGCUGUAGCAUAUCAAGGAGGUCCCUAUGAGGCAAAACCAACUGCCGUGAAGCAAACAAUGGAAGCUAUGGGAGUCACAGGCCUCACAACCUGGAACAUAAAAAGCCACCUCCAAAAAUAUAGGGAGGGGUGUGAUUUAGGAGCUAAAUCUCCUCGGGAUGUUCUAGACACUGCAUCACCAAGCGAGGCAUCACAUGAUCCGACAUCUGAGACCGAGGUGGCAAUGAACAACGAUGAAGCUAUGACUGGAAUGCAGAUGGUGAACAAUUUGCUCAUGGGUGACAUGGAGAUGGCGGAGACCGAUUUUUCUGCAGAUGAGGUGCAGAUGAUGGAGAAUGAACUAAUGAAUGAAAUCCAGCUGAUCAAGCACGGCUCACAGUGUUCCCAGAUCCCGAUUGAUGAGUAUGUGUAUGACCUGGCAAAGUAUCCAUUUGAUAAAGACAGUGCGGGUUCGGCAAGUUCUUCUAGCCUGUGAUCCAAGCGCGUCUUUCCCCCUCUUUGACGCAGCUGAAGACAGUUGCCGUUAUCAUUUCUCAUCAAAGCCCUGAAAUGACUUGGAAACGACCACGGAUCCUACUACACUUUGUUUACUCGAUUUGUUGUUGGACAAGUGUGACAAAAUGUGUUUACUAGUAGUAUUUGGAACUGAUACGGGUUACAACUUCUUGUUGAUCAUUGUAUCAAAAAAAUUGUAGUUCCUCUGUCCAACAAGAAUGCCUCAAUUUUGACUAAA